UCUCGACCUUAGGCUGGUGUCAGCUGUGCUCCUGUCAUACCCAAAUACUUCUCAUUGAUUCUCAUUGUUCAUUUUUGCUUUUUAAACAGUUCGGAACCACUUUUUGUAACUUUAAAGGAAACUAACUUGUAACUCUUUGUUGCGCAAUGGAGACUUCCGAAGACGUGCGGGAAAGCGUGAAGAAAUACUACGGCAAUCGACUGCAGUCCACUUGUGAUGUGCAAACAAGUGCCCCUUCCUGCAGUUUGUCUUGCUCAGCGCCAAAAAUCGUUACUCAAGCGCUGAGUCUGGUUCACCCCGAGGUGUCCAAAAGAUUCUACGGCUGCGGUCUUCCGUUUCCAGCAAAGCUUGAGGGCUGCAAAGUCCUGGACCUCGGCAGCGGCUCUGGCAGAGACUGUUAUGCCUUCAGUAAACUCGUUGGACCGAGUGGGCGUGUCACCGGGAUCGAUAUGACAGAGGAGCUGAUCACAGUGUCUCGUCAGUACAUCGAGUACCAUCAAAAGAAGUUUGGCUAUGAGCAACCCAACAUCACUUUUGUCCAGGGCUACAUGGAGAAGCUCGGUGAAGCUGGCAUACAGAGUGACUCAAUGGAUGUUGUUCUAUCCAACUGUGUCAUCUGUUUGUGUCCCGAUAAGAAAGCAGUGCUACAGGAAGUCUACAAUGUCCUAAAGGAGGGAGGUGAACUGUACUACAGUGACAUGUACGCCAGCAAAGUGGUGCCUGAUCACAUGAAGAAAGACCCAGUUCUGUGGGGUGAAGGAAUGAGUGGCUGUCUGUUUUGGAAAGACCUCAUUUCCUUGGCCCACAGUGUAGGUUUCAGCACUCCACACCUUGUUUCAGCAAGCCGUAUUGUGGUCCACAACAAUGAGCUCAAAGAAAAAGCAGGGGACAUCUGCUACGCAUCAAGCACUUACAGGAUGUUUAAACUGCCCAAACAUCCUGUCAUGACUGACGCAACAGUGACCUAUAAAGGAACUGUAGCAGACUGCCCUGAUCAGUUGGACUUUGAUUCAUCACACUGUUUCAAGAAAGAUGUUGCAGUGGAGGUGAAUGGAGAAAUGGCCGCAAUCCUCCAGAGUUGCCGUUUCGCCCCGGAUUUCAAAAUCCAGAAGUUGGAUAAACCAGAGUCCUGCUCUGAGUCAACACCACAGUACUGCCACCUCAACCCAUUUCUGUUGGCUGACAAACUGGGAAACGCAGUGAAACAAUGCUCCAAAACAGGCAAAUGAAGAAGAAGAAGAAGCAGUGAAUUGUUCUGAAGACAGCAGACAAGUACAGAAAUUUAACUGUCAGGCAUUAAUAUGUGUUGAUUUUGUCCAUAAAGGUUUGUAGGAGGCUAAUCAUUUUAUACCUGUUAUGUAGCUCCUGUGACUUAUGAAUAUACUGAAUGUAUUUUAUGAAAUUACGUAAUUCACAAAGUGAUUAUUGGUAUAUAAAAAAAGCUGUAGAAGCAUCUUGUCAAUGUUUUUGUUGCUAAAACCUGUUCUCUAGUGUGUAAUAUAAAAGAUUAACUUGUACUUGUACUUGUGGAUUCAGAUAAUCAAUAAACAAUGAUUUGAAAGAGAGAAACAUACAUGUUUAAUAAAAAAUGUUUA